UGACUGAGCUUGACGUUUGAUUGUAAGAACAGCUGCAUUUAGUUUAAAAUAAUAGCCUAGACGGUGUUAAAGUUACAUUAUAUUUUUUUCCCAAAGACAUUUUGCACGUGUAAUGGAGGUUGUAGGGGUUGUGCUGUGUUGCGUUAUUACUUUCCUUUGUCAGGUGUUUUCGUGCGCAUUUGCAGAGGAUCUCGUCUCUAUAAUGGACAGAAGAGCAGUAAUGUUCAGUGCAUAUGAUGAAAGCACAAGAGUUGAGCAUGUCUACAGUCAUGAUGAGGACAGUUACAGGAAUACUGCAGUGAAUGCAGCUUCACAGUUGCAAAUACCCUCUGGUCUUCUGGUUGUGGAGUUUCCAAGCCCUUCAUCGGGUCAAAGGAGAAGAAAGAGAGAGUGGGUUAUUCCUCCUUAUAGCAUACCUGAGAACGAGAGAGGUCCUUUCCCCAAAAAACUGUUCCAGUUAAAGGCAAAAAUAGACGGUGUACAUGAUGCAGAGAUACUCUACAGUAUCACAGGUGAAGGAGCAGAUAAGCCACCUGUGGAUAUUUUUAUUAUUAACAAAAUGACUGGGUAUCUUUUUGUGACUCAGCCACUGGAUAGAGAAAAAAAGGCAUUAUACGAGCUCAACGCUCGUGCCAUUUCAGAAGAUGGGAAAAAAUUUGCAUCACCCACAAACCUUACUAUCAUUGUAACUGACCAGAAUGAUAACAAGCCUGUGUUUACUGAAAAUCCUUUUAAUGGACAAGUUUCUGAAGCUGAGUCAAAAGGUUAUGAGUUUAUGACAGUCACAGCCACUGAUGCAGAUGAGCCAGAUAAUCACAAUUCCGAAAUCAGAUACAAAAUUGUCAGCCUACUUCCACCAUCACCAAAUCCAAACAUGUUUGAAAUCAACACUCUUACUGGAAGAAUUUAUGUGAAUUCGUCAGGCUUGGACAAAGAGCAAUGGCCCAAAUAUACUUUGUUAAUUGUGGUUGCUGACUUGGAAGGAGAAGGUCUGUCAACGACUGGCACAGCUGUUAUUAUUAUUACUGACAGCAAUGAUAACCCUCCUCAGUUUGAGCAAACUUCGUACAUCGCAUCUGUCCCAGAGAAUAAAGUAGGGCAUGAAGUGGUCAAACUAACAGUUACUGAUGGAGAUGAAAUUGGGUCACCGGCCUGGUCAACCAAGUAUCGGAUUAUUAGCGGUGACAAGGGUGGGUUUUUCAGUGUCACUACUGGACCCAGCCAGCUGGAGGGCAUCAUCAGCACUGUAAAGCCCCUGGACUUUGAGAAGACCAAGCAGUACAUUCUGUCUGUGAUUGUUGAGAACGAUGAUCCAUUUGUUGGUUCUUUGCCCACUUCCACUGCCACAGUCACAGUCAAUGUAGAAGAUGUGAAUGAACCUCCCGAGUUUAAUCCAAAGGAGAGGGUUAUUUUCAAACAGGAAAAUUUACCAGUCGAUAGCAAUUUGGUUGCUUAUACAGCCACUGAACCAGACACUGGAAAAUCACAGAAGAUAACGUAUAAAAUUGGCAAAGAUCCUGCUGGCUGGCUAAAUGUAAAUCAAGACACUGGGAUGAUUAAGGUCAAGAGUAUUAUGGAUAGAGAAUCUGCCCUAGUCAAAGAUGGCAAAUACAGAGCUAUCAUUUUGGCCCUGGAUGAUGAUGAUGAAAAUCCAGCAACGGGUACAGGAACCUUGGUAAUUGAAUUGGAGAAUGUAAAUGACAACGCUCCAAUUAUUAACGAAGGAAGUAUAGAGAUUUGCAAUCGUGAGGCCACAGUGCUUCUCUCUAUAACUGACAAAGAUGGACCUCCUUAUGCUGAUCCCUUUAGCGUUGAGCCCCAAGGACACACAAAGAAAAACUGGACUGCAUGGAUGAAUGAAACAAAAACUGGGAUUCUGUUGAUGCUUAAUUCUGUGUUGGAGCAGGGUAAUUACAAUGUUGUCCUAAGGGUUUAUGAUAAGAAUGGCAUGUAUCAGGACAACUCCAUUCAAGCAACUGUGUGCGACUGCAAAGGAGAUGAUUUUCUAUGUAAAAAAAUGGUGGCCGGGACCCCACUAUCGCUAUCCCUUGGAAUCCUGGCAGCCAUCUUGGCUCUGCUGCUGCUUCUUCUUAUACUUCUGCUGCUCAUGAGGAGGAAACCAAGUAGUAUAAAAAAGCCACUCCUUUCUGAAGAUGAUGACAUAAGAGACAAUAUUUGCUGUUAUGAUGAGGAAGGUGGUGGAGAAGAUGAUCAGAACUAUGAUCUGAGUGUGUUGCAUCGAGGCCUGGACAACAGACCUGAAGUGUUAAGAAACGAUGUGGCUCCUAUUUUCUUGCCUGCGCCUCAGUAUAGACCUCGACCAGCCAACCCAGAGGAGAUUUCCACAUUCAUUGGUUAUAAUCUGAAGACUGCAGAUGUAGACCCCACAGCACCCCCCUAUGACUCCCUCCUGGUGUUCGACUAUGAAGGCAGAGGCUCUGAUGCAGGUUCACUCAGCUCCCUGAACUCUUCCAGCUCAGGACACGACCAAGACUAUGACUUCCUCAAUGAGUGGGGCCCACGCUUUAAGAAGCUGGCAGACAUGUUUGGAGGAGGAGAGGAUUAAAAGUUUUUCUGUGUUAAAUACAACUUAAUGCAUUGACAAAUGUAAGUUGUUUUAAAUUGUAGAGUGUGUGAGAUUGUGCUGGAGGUUUAAAAGCAGAAUCCGUCUUCAUAUUCCCCCCAGUGUUAAAGGCAUAUUGGAAGUAUAAAAUUGCAAAAUAUGGGACAAUUGUUCCCAGCACUCUUUACUCAUACCCGACUUCAAAGAUUCAUUAUGUAAUUCAUGGUCUUUGUGCUUCUGCUUCUGCUACUAACGUCUGUCAGCCUAGGGCUUGCAUAGAAUAUUUGGGUAGUUCAUCCAUUAGUCGGCGCUGCUGGAAGUUAUCAAGUACUCCAGCAUUCAUUUACUAUAGGGCAUGAAAUCAAUACCAGUUCCCUCUAGGCCUGGAUCUACAUGGGUGCUAAAACAUGCUAAAAUGAAACCAAGCACACCCUCAGGUGAAGCUAAAAUUUCCCAGUGGGCACCUUGAUAUCAAUUUUACACAUAAUAUUAGUCAAGAUUUGAUCAAGAUGCUGUAACAUAAUUUUAAAUUCAGUUUGGAUGGCAAUUUCUUCCAGUGGUAUAUGUGUGAUAAGAAGUUAAUCCUGCACUGAAAUUUGUUUAAUGUAUAUGUAGGCCAGUAUGUUUGACGUUCAGUUAAUAUCAUAUCAAAAUCAGUUUGAUUUGCAUAUUUGACCUGUCUUUUGACUUCCAUUUUUCAACAUCAAUUGCCCACUGGGUUAGAAUAUUGGCAAAAACAUUUCUGGCAAAAGAUCCAGUGCGCAUUUGUAAAUAAGAUUUUUUUUUUUUUUUUCAAUCUUUUUGAGAUUGCAAUGAACUUAAAAAGCUUUUUAGCAAUUAUAAAGGGAGCAUUCUUUGUGUACUUUUUAGGCUAAUUCAUUCAGAAUUUGGCCAAAUCAUAUCUUGCUAUCUUUACCACCAAUUCAAAGAGUGAAGUAAUUUUUUCUUGGCUGCAACACUAUCACAAGGCAAUUAACAAGACUGCCUGCCUCCUUGUUUUGCUGAAGCGCUUGUUUUUCUUAACGCAAACCAGCAAACCAUGACCGUGAGUCCACGACCAAAGCCAGUAUGUGUCAGGAGGAUGAUGGCAGCAAAUAGACUGUGAAUUUUGUGUUAUUCUAUUAUAAAGUAUUUUGAAUCGGUUUAGUGAAGAUCUAAGUGAUGUGAUAUCUAUUAUUCAGGGGUGGGUUUACCAUUUUGGGGGCACUAAGCAAAGUUAAGACCUGAGGCCCCACAUGCCCUACCCUAACAUUACCAUUAACUAUUUUCUUCGAAUUACACAUAUUAAACAGAAUUAAGUGAUAUUAAAAAUCUGGCGUUUACUUCACUUUGAAACAUAAGUAAAAAAAAAAAAAAAGCUACAAUGUGCUGUUUUUUUCUUGCUCUUUUAAUUGACCGUUUAAGUUCAAAGAUAUAUUAAAUAAUUAAUACAUAAUUAAAAGCAAAAUGCUUUUUUUUCCUCUUGUGAAUACUCAGCUAUGGACAUUGAAUGACUUUGAAGUAAAUGCAGUGUUAUGCAUUUACCAGCUGUUUAAUUGUCUUUCCGUGGUUGAUUGAAUGUUCACAAGGCAUGAUACAUUUCAAUUAUUUGUACUGUGUCUUUCAAUAUACCUUCUGAUUCAGAUUUAUUUCAUGCUAUAACUAGUAAUAAAGUGGAAAGCGCUACCGCUUAAGCUCAGGCGACUACAAAGUUUUAAGCUUUGGCACACUUUUAGUAUUGCAUUUCUUUUCUUAUGUUUUCUUUCUUUUUUGAGCGCCGCAUGGAUAUGUGCUCUUCAUGGUUGUUUCUUACUACUUUAUCCGGACUGGUAAUAAAUGAGGUUAAAAUUAGUUAAUCGUUUGUGGCAAGCAGGCCUGCAGGGUCCAAUGCAUUUGCAUGGUGUUUAACACUACUGCUGUUAUUGCAUGCUCAUAUAUUUUCACUGUCAAAAACAUAGAUGUUAAAGUUACAUUGUUAUGUGUCAGUCUAUAACAUGCUACUUUGUGUGUGCUAAUACAAAAUGAAAUUAUUUUAAGUCAACAUAUGACAUACUUCAAAUGUGUGACUACACCUCAGAAAGGUGUGCAUUUGUUUUUGCUACUUUAUUACUAUCAUUUUAAUAAAAACUAACAAACUUUU